CUUUGACAAGACUUCGUCUUUUGGCUGUUUUACUCGUGGUGAGGCGAAAGCACUUACUUGCUUUCGCUCUCUGCAUGCACUGGUCAUACUGGGAUACGCUGCCAGCAACAAGUCUUGCUUUAUUGGUGGGGUUGGUUCAGUAUCCUGCUGGGCUCAAAGUAGUUAGCUACUAGAAGACAACUAACUUUCCUGUAUCAAGCAAGUGCAUCUAUUAUAUUUGGUAGUUUUCGACGGUGUGACACUACACGCUGCCGUUGAACCUUCAAAAUUAAAAAAAACAACAACCAUGGCGGCGGAAGAACAAGCCGUUCCCAACCGAGCGGAAAGACGCAGUAGCGGUGGUGGCAAUAGCGAUGCGCCAUUUAGCCGACAAAAGCGGUUUGAAUUGGCGGAUUUACUUCGAGACUGUGCGGCAUUGGUGGAGCAAAAUGAAAUGGAGCAAAAGACCUUUCAGAAAAUGUUUCGAGAACUCACAGAAUACGUGUCCGCUCACGGUGGUGGCAAGGUCUCGGAUUCUUCUGUUGCUUCUGCUGCAGCAUCGGUAUCACCCACUCCCUCGGAGGAAACAGCACCAGCUCCAACAGCCAAACCGACUGUUGCAACAGUAGCUCCAGAUCCACCAGCGAGUACCCAAAAAGCACCCAGCGCCCGCAAGGUGACUACUACCACAACGACAAAGCAUAUUCCGGCACCUUCGGCAGCACCCACGGCUGCUGCACGUCCGGUACGGCAAGAUGAGCACGCACUGUCCAAAGAAAAGAGUGUCAAUUUUAUUGAUUCUCUCAAGAAGAAUGUCAAGGUUUUUGGAGAAGAAGUCACUCAAAUUGCCCACACGGCACGAACAGAAGCCGCCAAAAAGGCCACAUCGGCCAAGAAUGCACUGCGCGUCAAAAAUGAACUUGGCUCGGAAUUGGGCGACGAAUGGGAGGAACACGGUAGUGGUGGUAGAACAUCGACAUCCGCAGCUGCACAAGCGUCAGCGCCAAAUCAACACAGACCUCCCUUUCAGCGUCCUGUCAAUCCAAAUUCCACUCUGAUUGCCAAUGGCUGGCUGGAACAACAGCGCCGUUCCAAAAUGAGAUUUGUGUGGAAAGAAGUCCUUGUUAGUUUAGUGGCGGGGCGAAAACCUGGAGAAGAAACUACUCUUUGGGUGCAGCGUGAAACGGUCAAUCCAACGACUGGACAAUCGGGUCUUGAAGCCCUGCAUCAGAUCCCCGUCAAGGGAAUGCAAGAUGUCAACUAUGUUGAUUUUUCUACGGAUCAUCGGUUUGUUAUUCAGGUCUACAACCUCAGCGAUGAAUUUGUGUUUCGUACACCAAACCAGGCCGACGCCGCAAAGAAUUGGGUUUCCACACUGCGUCUGACGCGCGAAGCAAUUAUGAACGGAGUGCCACCUCCCAAGGCUGGGGACCUACAGGGUGCCAGCAAGAGAACUAAACACUAUCCCGGUUACACUGGUGAAGAUGAAAAGAAAGCAGAAUCACCGCCCCAACAACAACCGCAGAAACAACAGCCGCCACCACCACAGCAACAAAAGCCUCCUACCCAACCCAAGGCAGGGCGUACUAAAAUAUCGGUUAAGGAAUUGCGAGCCAUUGCCCACGGUCAUGGCGUGAAUACUGCUGGCAUGGAGCGUGGCGAGUUGGAGGCUGUCGUGGCCAAAAUUCAACAGCAGCAGCAACAACAAAACGGACGAACCACACCAACCCCGCACCCAACGGCACCUCCACCGCCGUCAGCACAAAAACCAACGCCACCCGCCGAGGAAUCAGCAAAUCCUUUUGAUGAAGACAUGUCGGAGCGAGCAGCGACCCGUGCCAGGCAGAUGAAAAUGGACGAAGAAGCAGCGGCGAGACUCGCAGCAGAAGAAAGAAUCGAAGCCGAACGACAGCGAAUGGCUGCACAGGCAAAGGCCGCUGAGGAACAACGCCGUCGUGCAGAAUACCUACGUCAACAAGAAGCUCUCCGUCAGCAGCAAGCACAGCAGGCAGCUCGACAAAAAUGGGAAGAGGAACAACGUCGGCAACAGCAAUACUAUGCCCAGCAGCAGGCAUAUGCCCAGCAACAGCAGCAAUGGCAUCAGCAGCAACAACAACAGCAGCGCCAGCAAUGGCAGCAGCAGCAAUGGCACCAACAACAGCAACAGGCCCAUGCGCAUGCGCAUCACUUUCCAGGCCAUCAAACUCCGCCUCCAGGGCAUCACCCUCACGCACAGCCAGGGGCACAACCUAGACCCGGAGGUCCACCACCAGCCGGCAAUUCACAAGUCAACCAAAAGUGGGCCAAGCAGAUGGAUGAUUCCGGUGCAGAAUCUAUCACUGCCCUUAAACACCACAUCUUGACUCAGUGGGCUUUGCAACCACCUAAUAUGCAGAUGCUGCGCACAAUCGACGUCUUGCUGACGACAAUUCACUCCGUUUUCCCGCCAACCAAGGGAGUGCCCGGCCAUGAUUAUUUCAAAAAGUGGAAGACUGUAUCUAUGGAAAGUCUCUCAGAAGAGGGCCGUCCAGACGAAAACAAAUUGGCCAAGGCAGUGAAGAAGCUCCGUUUCUUCCUUCAUCCCGACAAGUUACCACGUGACCUGAGUGAAGAUCAAUCAUUUGUAUGCAAAAUGCUGUGGGAUAUUACCUCGGAUGCGUGGGAAGAGUACGAAAAGAAAAAAGAGGAUCUCGAUUGGUUGAACCAAUCGUGAGUACCCUACACUCAACUCCAAUUUCAAAAAAAGAAUGUGCGGCUUUGUGAUGUAUAAGGAGGGCACCAUACAUGUCUUGUCUAGUAUGUGUUUAUGGCAGUUUUGUAUAGCAUUUUGGUCAACAAUCGUAGCGGUUGAAUUUGCUGCCUUCUCUACUAGCAUAUGUUUCUUGGCAGCUAGCUUGCUGGAUGCGCCCUCGGUUGCGUUGCUUCUAGCAUUUGAAAGGUUGGUUAUAAUAUUUCUGCUCAACAUGAGAACAGUGCCGCGCACUCGGGGAGUUAGGACAGUUCUGCUCUGUCGCUGUAGGAGAUUCGAAUGGGGACCUUUCUGAUGGCUCCACAGGGCAGGAUGCGCAAUCGUUUGUAGAACUUGUACUCGUCCACCUCCCACUCACUCUCUGGAGGGUCAGCACCACCUUCGUUUUUCUUGUCCUUGUCGCUCUCCUGUUCCUGGGUCUUUUCACCAUUGCUCAUGAUGUCAUUGUUCUUUGCGACCGGGCGUUCUUUCAAGUGGAGUUGGUAUCGACCUUGAAGACGAAGGCGACCGUGUCCAUCAUGCCCCAUAGCCACCAUUUCGCAGUUCCGUGGAUUGCUCAGCAUGUUGAACUGGUGAAUUGUGUAGCGAAAGUAUCGCGCCAGAAGGACUCUAAUGGAGAUUCCAUGUGUUACCUGCGACAACAACAACAACAACAAAAGAAAGAAACAGAGUUUCAGCAUCACAAUCCAAUGACAUAGAGCAUCCCAAUGCUUCAGACAGCUUACCAGCACGUAGUUCUGACUUCGUCCCAUAUCAAAGCUCCUCCAAAGACUAUCCAAGAAGGUACUGACUCGAUCGAACACGUCCGAGGCCGACUCUCCGUGUGCAAAACGAUAGUAGAAUACUCCAAAGCGGUGUCGAUCCCGCUUCGCUUUGCGUAUGAGGUCAGGAUCCUGAUAGUUCCCAAAAUCUUGCUCCCGAAUGCGCGGAUCCUCAUGCCAUGUCAGACCCUGUUCCAUCAGUUUAGCAUACCACGCCUUGAGGCGCAUUUCUCGAUCAGGGAUAGAGGCAAACUCGGGGGAAUCAGGAUCGCACCAUGCCGAUACAAUGCCAUGAAACGUCUCCACUGUUCGUGCAUAGGGCGAGACUAUAAAGUGAACGGUUUCCGAUUUGCCCAGGACAUGGUUUUUCAAGUGUUGACCUGCCUUUCGCGCUUGUUCCCAGCCUAGCUUGGUCAAAGGCAUGGCAUUGUCAGGCGUUGUCGAGUACAACCCUUCAUCGACGUUACCCAUGCUCUGCCCAUGUCGCACCAUGACAACCUUGUUGGGCAUAAUCUUGGCAUUAUAUUGAGCUCUCGCGGAUCGAUGACUACUGGUCACCAUGUCAUCACCACUG